AUGGCAGACCCUAAGUUGCCGAUCAACGUCGACCCCCGCGUUUCGCCAGAUUCACCAGCAGAUCAGCAGCCCACAAUCGGGUUGAUAGGGAUGGGAGCGAUGGGGAAGAUGUAUGCUGAUAUACUUGAUGAAGCUGGGUGGAAAAAGAUUCACGUAUGUGAUUUACCAGAGAAAUACGACGCCUUACAGAGGCUUUAUUCUGAAAAACCAAACAUUAGCGUACUACAAGACGGACACGCCGUCGCUCGUUCUUCCGAUUUCAUAAUCUACUCCGUCGAAGCCGAGUUUAUAGACCGCGUCGUUGCCCAAUUCGGUCCUUCAACAAAAGUGCACGCGAUCGUAGCAGGCCAAACAUCCGUCAAAGCUCCAGAAAAAGCAGCGUUUGAAAAGUACCUCCCCAAAGACGUGCAUAUCGUGUCAUGUCACUCGUUACAUGGGCCGAGUGUUAGUCCGCAGGGACAGCCUUUGGUUUUAAUAAAACAUCGAGCAUCAGACGACGCGCUCCUCCUAGUCGAAACCAUCCUCUCCCCUCUCAAAUCGCGAUUUGUUUAUCUGUCAUACGACGAACACGACUUGGUAACGGCGAAUACACAAGCCGUAACGCAUGCCGCUUUUCUCAGCAUGGGAACAGCAUGGGCCUCCGCACGCUCCUACCCCUGGGAACAAGGCCUCUACGUCGGGGGCAUCGAAACCGCAAAGGUGAACCUCGCCCUGCGGAUAUACUCCAACGCAUGGCACGUCUACGCCGGCCUCGCCAUCCUCAACCCCAGCGCGCGGAUACAGAUCGACCAAUACGCGAGUAGCGCGACGGAGUUGUUUAAGUUGAUGAUAAGGGGUGGGGAGGAGGAAGGGAGGAAGGUGUUUAGGGAACGGGUGAUGUGGGCUAAGAGUGUUGUUUUUGGUGAUGGUGAUGGUAGUGGGGAUGGGAAGGGGAAGGAGAAGGAGAAGAAGAAAAGGGGGAGGAAACCGAUCCUUCUUUCUGCGGACGUGCUUGAUAGGUUUAGUCUCGCGAAAAUGCCUCCUUCCCCUCCUCCUUCUACCUCAAAUGGCAGCAACUCACCACUGUCACCUAACGGGCCUGUAUUAUCCCCGCCUAGCAGAUACAGACCCAACUCGCACCUGUCGUUAUUGGCGAUGGUAGAUUGUUGGGCGCAUCUAAGGAUAAACCCAUACCACCACCUCUCGGUGGCAGCUACGCCUAUAUUCAGGUUAUUCCUUGGCGUAGCUGAACAUUUGUUUCUUUCCCCCGCUUCCCCUUCCCCCUCCUCCCCGUCCCCAUCCCCUUCCUCCCCGUCCCCAUCAACACCCCAAAACCAAUCACCACUAAACCAAGCCAUCCACUCAUCCCUGCACGACACAUGGCACCGCGCAGACGACCUCGAGUUCGUCGUAGCAGCCCGCGGGUGGAGUCAGUGUGUUUCGUUUGGGAGUUUUGAGGUUUAUAAAAGGAGGUUUGAUGAGACUAGGGGUUUUUUUGAGGCGCGAUUUGAGGAGGCUGGACGGUUGGGUGGGGAGAUGAUUAAGGCGUUGAUGGAGAGUGAGGUUGAGAGGGAGGGGGAGCGGGAGGGGGAGGCGUGA